AUGCUAACCGAGCGUUCAGACUCUACCACUUCCCUUUGUAUCGAUUGGCCGGAUACCACCCAGAGUAUUCUUGACGAUGAAUUUCUGAGUGAAGAGGAAAUGAUGAUAGACAACAGCGUCGGUGAACCUGAAGGGUUCGGGAACUCUGAGCUCCCGCUGCAUUCGAGUCUCUAUACUCUUCUAGAAUCCAAGAAUACAGAUACGCUGAAGGAGCCUACUAGAGUACCGUUUCCUGUUUCAAACAGCAAGAGGACACGAAACUUUACCAAACCAACCGUUAGCAAUUCCUGCAUGAAAAGGAAGAAGCCAAGAGGAAUGCCCAAGCGCCCCCUUUCUGCAUACAACAUAUUCUUCCGAACACAGCGAACUAUCGUGCAAGCUAAAGCAAAGAAGGAAACACCGGAAGGCUCUAAAGGGCUUGGAUUUGAAGGUCUUGGCAAGCUCAUUGGCAAACAGUGGAAGAAAUUAUCGAAGGAAGACAGGAAGAAGUAUGAAAUACUGGCCGAGAAGGAUGGUGUUCGAUACCGUCAAGAGAUGGAUGCGUACAAUCAAAAGAAGAAGAUGCUGAUGGAAAAGGAGAAGGAAAGAAGCAGCCAGGUGCCCCUUUCAUCUGCCAUUGGCUUCGAAACUGCAAGCAAUCUCAAUCGAGGAGACUUCGUGAUCUCUGAAUCAAGGAUGGAUGCUAGUGCAUUCUCUCAGACACGAGUGGACACUGGUAGGAUUAAUGGUGUGAUCAUGAACUCCAACCCUCGAGAUACAAAUGAGAAAAACGCCUCUGUACCCGUACCAAGAACCAUCCAAUCGCUGGCUGCCAACACUGGAAAGUUUCCUUUGCCAGAAGGAACUGAAAUUAUGUUGAGCGAUAGUACAGGGCAAGACCGGAAGUAUCGUGUGGAGUACAAGUGCUACAGAAUGUCAAGAGCUGAAGCUUCCAGAUAUGUUGAUUCUGUUUCCGGUGCAUUCCGACCGUACGAAGAUUCACAUGCCUAUGCCCCGGAGAAUUGGGGAAUGCCAGAAGGUUACGUCGAACUUCCAAAUGUAGGGAUGACUCCUGUUUAA